AUGCUGUAGCCCAAUGAAAGAGAGGAAAGACAAGGAGGGAGGUGAAAGAGAAGAGAGAUGAGUAGAGGACAGGAGGGAGGGAGGGAGGGGGGUAGGCUGGUUGACCCCUGGUCUAUUGUACCUGGCCCCUCUUUCUCAAGUGACAGAGAUUAGUGCACACUUUGGAGUGGGGGAGUGUAGUGUGCUAGAUUCAGCUGUGGGCCGGUUGUCUAAGUGGAUGGUUCGAGCGGCCGAAACAUAAUAAUAAUAAUAAUAAUAAUAAUAAUAAUAAUAAUAGUGUACCCAGUAAAUUGACCCCCAGUACGACCAAGAAGAGACUGACCCCCAGUAAGACCAAGAAGAGACUGACUCCCAGUACGAACAAUAAGAGACUGACCCCCAGUACGACCAAUAAGAGACUGACCCCCAGUAAGACCAAUAAGAGACUGACCCCCAGUACGACCAAUAAGAGACUGACCCCCAGUACGACCAAUAAGAGACUGACCCCCAGUAAGACCAAUAAGAGACUGACCCCCAGUAAGACCAAUAAGAGACUGACCCCCAGUAAGACCAAGAAGAGACUGACCCCCAGUAAGACCAAUAAGAGACUGGAUUGAAAAUAACAAUAAUUUCAUACCUUGAUUAUUUGUAGGAAUACUUGGGAACAGAUUUCCUGAAUUUAAAUAUUGUUUUUUACUGAAUUCUUGGUGAUUUGCAUUCUUAUUUAUUCUAUCCAAAAAUUCGAAUCCCCAUUUUCUAUUACCUGUUUGCCGGUGUAGGGUGUAGUGUGUAGGGUGUAG